GAAGAGAUUCAUAAUUUUGGAAUCACAUCAUCCUGGAUCCUGUGACAAGAUGAGCAAAAACUGAUGUGGAGGUGACAAAGAUGGAUGGAUUGGGUGUGUUUCCUCCUCCUAGUCCUUCAUCCUAUUUUGGGAGUUCUCUUCACAUAAGCUUCAACAGAGAAGAAGGAAAACAAGACAGAGGUGUUGGGUCCAGAACUCACCAUAGGGGCAGGUUUGCAUUUAGAUAACAGAUUCACUUAUAAGACAUGGAGUCAAAAAAUGAAGAAUCAGCGUCCCUGACGCAUGAAAAACUGGCCUCUAUUGAGGAUGAAGAAAUUCUCAACAAGAUGCUGGACAGUGCAGCAGAUUUUGAAGAGAGGCGGAUGAUUCGAGCUGCUCUGAGGGAUCUACUCAAGAAAAAGAGGGAAAAAAGGGAAAAGGAGCGUGGGGUGAGACGGCAGGACUUGAAUAAAGGAGGAACAGGUGGAGCUGUGAGCAUCGGAAGAGCAUCCAUGAACCAGCAGCCAUCGACUAACAAGUCAGCAGGUCAGCCAUCAUCCUCCACUCCAAUGAGCAGGACAGCAGGCAGGACCGGUCCUGCUGCUGUCUCAACCCAGAAAUGUUUCUCUGCUGAACCACCCAAUGCUAAAAAUGUCAAACAAAUGCUUCUGGACUGGUGCAGGGCCAAAACAGAGCCAUAUGAGGGGGUAGACAUCCAGAACUUUUCAUCCAGUUGGAAAGAUGGCAUAGCCUUCUGCGCCUUGGUGCACAGAUUUUUCCCUGAUGCCUUUGAAUAUUCCACCCUGAACCCCUACAAGCCCAGGGACAACUUCGAGCUAGCGUUCAGCACCGCAGAGAGACUGGCAGGCUGUCCCCCUCUGCUGGAUGCUGACGACUUGGUCCGAAUGAAGGAGCCCGACUGGAAGUGUGUGUAUACAUACAUCCAGGAAUUUUACCGCUGUCUGGUGGAGAAGGGCCUUGUCAAAACCAAGCAGCGCCCAUGAAUCUCUGAAAGUCCGGGAGUCACUGUGACCUUCACAGAUGAAUGCGCCGCCAGAAACUGAGGUGAAAAGGAUGACUUUGUGAUUGUUUUCAGAUAAAUAUUUACUGUUCGAUCAGAACCAUUUCACUGUGAAUGCACAGAGACUAAUGGGUGGUAUUAGUUUGCUGUCUGUGUGAUUUAAGAGGACACCUGGUGCUUAGGAACUGUUCAUUCCUCUGAGAUUACACAUCUGCAUUAUUUCCACUGUGACUAUGAGCAUGACCUCUGUGAUGAUGAUGAUGUUCAGGACCUGAUGCAGUCUGUGAGUCAGUUAAAUAAAUACCCAUUUCAUUAUCUAAAGUGGGUUUUUUUUCCUGCAUAAAUGAUCCACAAAAAUUACAUAUUUGAUUAUGAAUUUUGUUAUGAAAUGUGUAGACUCCAUUGUCCAAAUGUUAGUUAUUAAAAAGACUUGUGCAUACAGUUUAAAAUACUUACCAAAUCAUUUUCUUUAUGUAGAUUUAACACAUAUUGACAUAGAAAUUGUGCUUUUUACCCAAAAUGUCUUGAAUUGUUAUGUUCUUCAUCUACUUUCCCACUAUUAAUAAUGACUUAUGGUAUUGAAAUAAAACACAGUCCCUAUUAUCAAA